AUGGAGAGCGAGGGGAUGUGGAUGCAAACAGGGCCGAAGCUGCAGAUCGCCCCCGCGCUGCUCAGACAGGCCUCCUACGGCACCAUCAAGAUCGGCAUCUACCAGAGCCUGAAGCGCCUCUUCGUGGAGCGCCUGGAAGAUGAAACAUUGCUAAUCAAUGUGAUCUGUGGAGUGGUUUCAGGGGUGAUCUCCUCUGCGCUUGCCAAUCCAACUGAUGUGCUAAAGAUUCGAAUGCAGGCUCAAGGCAGUUUAUUCCAGAGUGGCAUGAUCGGCAGCUUCAUUGAUAUCUACCAGCAGGAGGGUACCCGAGGCCUCUGGAGGGGUGUUGUUCCGACGGCCCAGAGAGCUGCUAUCGUGGUCGGAGUGGAACUGCCAGUCUACGACAUCACCAAGAAACACUUAAUUCUGUCAGGCCUGAUGGGUGAUACAAUAUUUGCCCACUUUGUUUCUAGUUUUACCUGUGGACUUGCUGGUGCCAUUGCCUCCAACCCCGUGGAUGUGGUGCGGACACGGAUGAUGAACCAGCGAGCAAUAGUGGGCAGCGUGGAGCUCUAUAAGGGCACUCUGGAUGGUCUUGUGAAGACAUGGAAGAGUGAGGGCUUCUUUGCACUAUAUAAAGGUUUCUGGCCCAACUGGCUUCGGCUGGGUCCCUGGAACAUCAUUUUUUUUAUCACCUACGAGCAGUUGAAGCGACUUCCAUUCUGAGAGCUGGCUUUCUUCCACGAGGACCAUCUUCAAGACUUGUGGCAGAGCUUUGCUGCUGCCUCCCUAUUCAUUUCGCCACCCCCAUGUUCUGUUGUUUUGGUACAAGUGCAUCUGGACCCUCAUCCCCCCCCUAAACUGCAUGGUCCCUGGAGCAUGUUCUGGCUGGAGUGAAACUGGGAAGUGCAAGGCAGAUGCUGCAUGGUUUUUUUUUUGUUGUUGUUUGUUU